GUCGACCGAUCCCAGCCCGCGACCCAAGCCCCGCGGAGGCGAUGGACGGCCGCUCUCGCAGCAACCUGGUGCAGGAGCAAGGAAGCAAACGAGCCCAGGCCGAUUUCGGCUGCUGCACAUGCAGAGCGGUGGAGGAGCAGCGCGGUCCUAACCGAGCCCAGAUCGUGGUGGGACUCUGCAACUGGGUGUUUCCAGAGCCUCGUAAUACACUGCAAGAGCAAGGAGACCCAAACCCUGCUCAACUGGUCAAGAUGAGGCCUCAAUGAUUUUGUACAUGUGAACCUUAUUGUUCACCCCACAGCUAAAGAACAUUUUGUCAUAAAUUAAUAGUGUAAUGUU